AUGCAAAAGAAGUUUAACAUAUUACUCCUCGUACUUUCUUUGAUUGGGGCUACCAGAGCUGCUGAUGAAGAUACAACCAGUUACGACGGAACCACUACCGUUACCACUACUCCAGUAGUAACCCUCACAACAACCGUGGGAUUAAUUGAAGAAGUCCAAGAAACUGUGUAUAUCUUUACUGAUACUGAUGGACAAUUAACAACUUAUACAACUGUUGGAACAACUUUAGUUCCAGACACGGCUGCUGCAACGACCACACCCGAAACUACAUCAACAACUACUCCAGAAUCCACAACUGCUGAAUCUGAACCAGCUACUACAACUGAAACAACUGCUAAUACCGAAUCAACCACCACUGAUGCUGUUACCACUUCAUCAGAACCAACCACAACUUCCACCGAUCCUACCACUUCAUCCACCGGCUCGAGCUCUUCAUCUACAGAUUCAACUACAACUUCUACUACAGUUUCUCCGGAUGAUACUACGUCUGCUUCUGCUUCAUCUUCUAUUCCAGAUCCUGUUUCAGACACCGACCUUCCAGUUUCUGCUACCACUUCUACCAUCCCAAUCAACCUCCCCCCUGGCCGUUAUACCACCUCUACAAUUGCUACCACCACUGUUUUAGAAGAUGGUUCUACUGCUGCCCUUAAUCUUGUUGUUUUAUACACUUCUGAGUGUCCUUGCGAUUAA